UUCACACUUGCUGGGAUGGCAGCGCUUUACUCUAACCUGAAUUUUGCACUGGGAUUCAGCAACACAGAUCACCAAGCUGCAGCUCGUGCUCUACUCAGAAGUCAGUCGCAUAUUGACGGCACACACUACCACACUAGGACGUCAGGUGGUCUCCAUCCUGAAUACAUAGCCUUCAAUGAUACUCUGACAUCCACGGAAACACGGAGCAUCACACAUGAGGAAUUUGUUGACGCUGCUCUUGGAGAUGUAUUUGAUGCACUCACCACUCAAGAUCAUCUUGACAGUGGUUUCUCCCUUCUCAUUCAUUGCCCAGGUUCUCAUAUCAAGGGAACCAUCUCUCCUGAAUGUGUCGCAGUCGAUCUUUAUGUCACUCCACGAGAACUGCACGAGACGUCUGAGCAGAUUGGAGGAGAUGUCUCUGUCCUU